AUUAUUCAACUGUGUCUUUCAAUGACGCAAGGGAAAACCAUCGCGUGAUGUGGGGUAUGAUAUAUAUGACAUACAUAGACAAGCACGACAUAUGUUAGGAGCUACCUGUUAAUCAUAGCAAUGUCGUCUCUUCACCACGUUCUCCUACUCGGCGGUACCGGCAAGGUUGCCCAACUACUAACUCCCUUACUCCUCCAACGAUCAUGGAAUGUCACUAGCAUUAUCCACGACCCCGCGCGGGUCGCGAGCCUGGAGAAGCUCGGACAAGGCCAGAAAGGAAACCUGAACGUCUUAGUCCAUAGCUUGGAGGAAGUCACAAGCGAAGCUCAGGCUAAGAGCAUCAUAGAUGAAGUGAAGCCAGACUAUGUGGUGUGGAGUGCUGGUGCCGCGGGCAAAGGAGGGCCAGAGAGGACAUUCAAGAUUGACCGUGAUGCUGCAAUUCACUUCAUCCGCGCAUCAGCCGCGACAUCAUCAAUCACCAAGUUCGUCAUGAUUUCGUACCUUGGGUCCCGGUUAAAGAAGGCACCAUGGUGGUCCGAAGAGGUCUGGCAAAAUAUUCUAGAAAUGAAUAACGGCGUAUUGAAAACGUACUAUCAAGCUAAGAUAGCAGCCGAUCAGGUAUUAUACGAGGAAGGGAAGAAGAGGAAAGACUUCGCCGCGAUCAAUCUUCGCCCAGGCAUAUUAACAUCAGAACCGGCGGGUAAGGUUAAGCUUGGAAAGCUCCCCGUCUCGGGUACUGCAAGCCGCGCGUCUGUCGCGCAGAUAACUGCGCUACUGCUGGACGACCCCAACGUUAAGAGUGGCUGGUUUGACCUGAUUGACGGUGAUGAGGAUCCAGAGGCUGCUGUCAAGAAGUGUGUCGAGGAGGGAGUAGAUGCUGCUGAAGGCGAGCCAUUUUACUGAAGAGUGGCAGUUUAAAUUUAAUAGGUCCCUGGACUUCGCAGUACUUACUAGAAGGCCAUUAGGGACGGUUGUAAGGAGUCGGAAAAGUGUGCAAAUCAAGAAUUGUCUUAUGGCUAACGACUAUAAAAUGAUUACAUGGAGGUUUAUGCCGCCACGGGGAAUUACAGUUCAAUUACUAUCUA